AUGUGCUUCCUGUGUAUUGAGAACAAUGCCCAUCAUCUACAGCAGCAGCAGCCGCAGCAGCAGCAACCACCAAACAUCCAGGAACUGCAAAUUCUUUCCAACCAGCAGCUGCUAAUGACGCAAAUUCUCCAGCAACAAAGCGCCACGCAGCUUGCCAUCCGCAAUCUUUCCUACGACGAAAGGGUGCUGGACUCGCUUUCGAGCAACAUGGCGGAGUUCGUGUAUGACAAAGACAAUGGACACACGUUCGACGCAUGGUUUUCCAGGUAUGUCGACCUUUUUGACAAGGAUGCCCGGAAGCUCGAUGACGCAGCGAAAGUGCGAUUGCUCCUGCGAAAGCUUAGCCCACCCGACCACGAGCGCUACAAUAGCUUCAUUCUGCCGAGGCUCGCUCGUGAAUUUACGUUCACAGAGACCGUCGAUAGCUCAUACCUGGCAUACUCGUGCAAGGUGAACAAGGCAUGUGUUGAUUCCAAACUUCCGGAAUUAACUGAAGAGCAGUUCAAAUGCCUUAUUUACGUCUGUGGUCUGAAGUCAAAUCAAGAUGCCGAAGUUAGAAUGCAUCUCAUCAACAAGCUGAACGAGAACGUCAAUCUGACGCUACAGAAGAAGAAGAAGCAACCAUCGACAAAGACGGUGACGAUCCGAAACAUCAUCCAGGGUCGGAAAUUCUUCAAGCUUCAGGUCAACAACGUACCCCUUCGCUUUCAAUUGGACACAGGGUCCGAUAUUUCGAUAAUUUCGCACCGAUCGUGGAUCAAACUCGGUCGUCCCCACACGAAACCAACGGUUUGUACCGCGCGAACAGCUUCCGGAGAGCCACUCGAUCUUGUUGCCGAGAUGUGGUGUAACAUUUCCCUCAAUGGAGUCACAAAAGGGGGUAAGUGUUUCGUCGCCGCUCCUAACGUCAGUCUCGACAUUCUAGGAAUUGACUGGAUGGAUUUGUUUGGGUUGUGGAACCAGCCAAUCACAUCGUUCUGCAACCAGGUCAGCGCUCAACCAAAUCAGUCGCUGGCUACCCUCCAAGCUCAGUUCCCCGAAGGUUUCACUAACGAGAUGGGCCUCUGCAAGAAGGCUCCCGUCAAGCUGGUCCUGAAAGGCGAUCCGAAACCAGUUUUCAAGCCGAAGCGUCCGGUAGCGUACUGCAUGGAAGGUGUGGUAGAGGACGAGAUUUGUCGCUUAGAGAAUCUGGGCAUUUUGAAGAAGGUGGAUUUCGCUGAAUGGGCAGCACCAAUCGUAGUGGUCCGGAAACCCAAUGGCACCGUCCGGAUUUGUGCUGAUUUUUCGACUGGCUUGAACACCGUACUCGAGCCGAAUCAGUACCCUCUACCGCUACCCGAAGAUAUAUUCGCCAAAAUGUCCGGAUGUCGGGUGUUUAGCCACAUCGACCUUUCUGAUGCCUACUUACAGGUCGAGGUCGAUCCGGAGAGUCAACCGCUGCUCACCAUAAACACCCACAAAGGCCUCUUUCAAUUCACCCGCUUGUCGCCCGGCAUCAAAUCUGCCCCAGGCGCAUUCCAACAGCUGAUGGACACGAUGCUCGCUGGUUUACCGUGUACCGUAGGUUAUUUGGAUGACAUCGUAGUGGGAGGUCGAACGGAAGAGGAACAUCGGCGCAACCUUUUUCUUGUGUUGCAACGACUGCAAGCAUUCGGCUUCACUGUCCGCAUAGAGAAAUGCAGCUUUCACAUGCGGCAACAAUGAAAUAUCUCGGA